UUAAGCUUCCCUUGCACUAGUUUUUUUUUUCAUUUCCUACAGACAAGGCAAAAACCUAAACCCUAACGACGUCUGAAUCUCCUCCAGCAUGGUGUGCAUAAGGAAGGCGACCAUAGACGACUUGUUGGCGAUGCAAGCAUGCAACUUGCUAUGCUUGCCCGAAAAUUACCAGAUGAAAUAUUACUUUUACCACAUCCUCUCUUGGCCGCAUCUCCUCUAUGUCGCUGAAGAUUACAACGGCCGAAUUGUCGGUUACGUUUUGGCCAAAAUGGAAGAAGAAUCGAACGAGUGUCAUGGUCAUAUCACUUCUCUCGCUGUCCUUCGUACUCACCGUAAGCUUGGCCUCGCUACCAAGCUCAUGAACGCCGCCCAAACCGCCAUGGAACAGGUAUUUGGAGCAGAGUAUGUGUCUCUGCAUGUGAGGAAGAGUAAUCGCGCAGCUUUCAAUCUGUAUACAGAAACAUUAGGCUAUAAGAUUCAUGAUGUGGAAGCAAAGUAUUAUGCAGAUGGGGAGGAUGCAUAUGAUAUGAGGAAGCAGCUGAAGGGAAAGCAGAGUCAUCAUCAUGGUCACCACCACCACCACCACCACCAUCACCAUGGUGGUGGGUGUUGUUCAGGUGGUGCCAGGCCCAUGGAAGCUCGACCAGAAUUGAAAUCAGAGGCAAAAGCUGGCACCAAGGCAGAAUCAAAAACGGGUUGACGGUGAAUGGUUGACUAGUUGGAGAAGUAUCGUAGAUGCCGAUUCCGUAGAGGAUUGAUUGCUGCAGAAAGCUUGCAUUUGGAUAUGGCUUCUGUUAUUUGAGGAGCUGCAAUAAGGUAGCUGUGCUAGGUGGAAGCUCCACCUCAACUCAAGGCCGCCAAAUGCCAGAGAAAACAAAGUUAAAUGGUUUUUUUCUUUUUUCUUUUUUCUUUUUCUAAGGUAAAUGAAGUUAAAUGUCAUUGUGUAGCAAGAAAUGGAUUCAACUAAAGACAAAGGCUCCUGUGACUCGUGAGGGUAUGGAUGCUCUUCUAGAGUUUGAAACGCGUCUCAAUGUGGUAGCGUUGAGUGAUAGGGUUGCUGUGACACUAAAGUAAUGUGGUUAUUAGUAGAAGUUAAUGUGCAGCUUCUGCUGUUCAAAGGUGGCUACUGUACCAGUGUAGUUGAGCUAGGUUGAAACUUGAGAUUAAACUCCAAAUACAAGAACACGAAGUGAAAGAUGCCCUACUAUUUCUGAUA